CCCCUAGUGGCGGGGAGUCGCCAUAGCACACUGCAGCCACGUCAACAUAAUUGCGCUCAGCUGUUGCUCUGUAAACUUUCCCUGCCUGCCUUUUACACGUGUCUCAUUUCGUGUUACAAAACACGAACCCACGCAGCAUUUGACAACAAAUAUGUUGAAAGACGACAGUCUUCCCGUUUGAAAAGCCGCUAACUAACCCAAAAUGGCCCACGUUGAUUGACACGUCAAACCACGUGUGUUGCAGACACGCUGCGUGGAUGUUUAUUUCCACAUCUCUAAUAUAGUCACCUUUUCAUGUCCUGCGGAAUGAAAUGUCACGUCAGAGCACCUCCCCUAACCUGAGUGAAGGGUACCCAGUGACUAACCUCACCCUGGUGGUCCUCCUGCUCAUCCCGGCUGUUGUCCUCCUGCUGCUCCUCAACUGCGUCUUCCUGGGCUACAAGCUCUUCCUGCUGUCCAAGAGGGGCCGGGAGACCACCGAGGACUUCCCGCUGAAGAGAGCCAGCAGGAGCUCGUCGCCCGACGUGCUGGUCUUCCCCACGCGGAUGGCGUACAUGUCACUGUCCGAGCCCGCCUUGCCUCACCCGGUGACCUCCUCCAGGGCUUCGUCGAGGGUCGGAGGGGAGCACAGGAUACGGCUUCUGAUGCCGGAUGGGGCUACCGGGUCAGGGUCCUGGAGGGCGCCGAGUAGCAUCCGGACAUCCGGGGCUGGGAGACCCGACCUGGCCUCCGGGUCACGGACGCGAUGCAUCGACACGGCCGGGUGGCGUCACAGUGCGCCGGUGUUGCCCACGCAGUCCAGUGACUCGGAAGCCGGGGUCAGGCUGCACCUGGUUCCGCCCAACUCCCCCACGGAAAUUGGGCAUGUGGUUCAAGUCCAUCACAGCAGCAGUGCCUACGAGUUGCUGAACGAGUGGAGCCCAGGCGAUGUGAACUUUGACAAAGUGGACAUGGAGUGCGAGUACAACAAUCCAUCCUCAGAGGAAUCCUGCGUCAACACAUCUGCAGUGCAAGGUUCCGGCCUGGAUAGUGACUUUGGUGCCAGCGCAGGUGUGUCCCUGCGAAUUCUGUCAGCAGACAGCGACGGUUUGUCCAAUGGCGCGGUGUCGGCAUUGGAGUGGGACUAUUAUGACCCCUGCUACGUCAGACAAAACAACGUGUCCAAACAUAAACACCAUCGACCCGCCAUGCACACAAAACAGUACUGGGUGUAAACAAAAACAAAUAACCCAGCUUUCAGUACUGUUAGUUUUAAUGUUUAUUUAUUUAGAUUCUAUUUAAAAAGCGUGUUGUGGAUUUUUAUGUUUGUCUCACGUCUUACGUUGACCUGUUACAUUCACAAGUUUUUUUUUAAUAUUUUGAGUGCACCCAACACUGAAUUUCUUAUAAUUGGAAGCUGACCUUUUCAAAUGACUUAGUGCACUUUUCACAUGUUUAGUCUCACAUUUCACAAUGUUAUGUACAGUUUAACUUUUGAAAGUAAUUGUUUGAUUUUAACUUGUCAUGAGAGUAUUUGUAUUUUGUACAAUUUAUUGAGUUUGGCCUAUUAAAUGGGUGAAUUUG